AUGAGGAAGGUGUUUGGCAAUUGGCAACGGACUGCUAACUAUGAUGAGGCACCUGGGGGCAGGAUUUGGGUUAUUUGGGACCAAACAAAGGUGGAGUUUGAGGUAAAACAAGUCCAUGAACAAUACAUAGCAGGACAGGUGGUGUUGAGACAAUGCAACAACAAGUUCAUAUUUGUUGCAGUAUAUGGAAAACAUAGCAUACAUGACAGGAAGAAGUGGAUACAAAAAUGGCCUAAUAUGGAGGGAACUAUUAUGCAACCAGGUUUUUCAGAUCACUGCCCUCUAAUGGUAACUGUGGCUGAGCCUACUGGGAUGGGAAAGAGACCGUUCAAAUUCUUUAACUGCUUAGCAACUCACCCUAAAUUUGAUGAUAUAGUCAGUCAAUGUUGGAUGAAGAGAAGUAGAGGAAAUCUAAUGCUGAAGGUGUGGUACAAACUAAAAAAUCUGAAAAAAGAUCUGAAGCAAUUAAACAAUGAGGAGUACAGCAGUGUGGGGCCAAAGAUCCAAGCAGCAAGGAACAAAUUGAUGAACAUACAAAUCGGAAUGGCAUAUCCAAAAAAUGAUGAUGAAGUGAUAGCACUAGAGACGGAGACAAAAGUUGAACUGGCAAAAUGGCUGGAACUGGAGGAAAGUAUUAUAAAGCAGGCAAGAAACCACAUAGGCAGACUGAUGGACAACACAAGACAACUUCUACAAAAUGCUAAUGAAGUAGAGGAGGAGAUCCUAAGCUUCUACAAAAAGCUACUUGGUACAGCAGCCUCAACAUUACCAAUAGUUGAUCCAAAUGUUAUGCAGAAUGGACACACUCUGACUAGGCAGCAACAAAUGCAGUUAAUCAAACCAAUUACAAAAGAGGAAGUGCAUAAAGCACUACAGGGAAUUGAUGAUAGCAAGGUACCAGGAUGUGAUGGAUAUAACUCCCAUUUUUUCAAGAAGACAUGGAACAUACUUGGAGAGGAAGUUACUAAAGCAGUGCUGGAGUUCUUUGAAACUACCGAAAUGUGCAAAGCUAUAAAUUGUACAACUAUCACUCUGAUCCCUAAAGUAAAGAAUCCUACCAACAUCAAGGAGUUCAGGCCUAUCUCUUGCUGCACAGUUCUAUACAAGAUGAUAUCAAAGAUUUUAACUGCAAGGCUACAGGAAAUCAUGCCAGACCUCAUAGAUAACUGCCAACAACUUUUGUACCAGGAAGGAUGA